AUGGAACAGGCGCACAGUACAGCUUCCCGACUGCGAUGGAUUUGCGUCUGCGGCUUGGCCGUUUCGGUGUAUUCACUGUAUGUAAAAGCCAAGCUAAAGGAGGAUGAGCACUAUAGGCCCAUGUGCGACGUGAACGACAAUAUCAGCUGCUCCCUAGUCUUUAAAUCAGGCUAUGGCGAUGGCUUUGGUCUGGGUAGUAUAACCCAAGUAAAUGCGCCCAACGGAAGCAUCGGUUGCAUAUUCUAUGUCCUCUACUUUUUGAGCUCUUUCUUCUAUCGUCGUUGGCUGUGCUUGGCCCAGCUGAUAGUAUGCACUUUGACAUUGCUUCUCUGCGUUUAUCUGGGAUUCCUGCUGCUUUUUGUGUUUUACGACUGCUGUUUGCUGUGCGUGGCCAUCUACUGCAUACACAUUUGGCUCUUUCAGGAAGUCGUAAGGCGAUAUAGACGGCUUUACAUGUAA